CACAGUUUUUGCACACAGACAAAGAGCAGCUCUGCGACCUCCCGGCCAGCCAGUCACUCUGGAAUUGAGCAGCCACUCUGCUGGCGGCAAAUGGCCGGAGAAGAACAGCUCCGCGACGGCGGCCUCCACCGCCGUCGAGUCGUCGUCCUCUUCUCCCUGCCGUUCCACGGCCACCUCAACCCCACGCUGAAGCUCGCGGCGCUGCUCCGCGCGCGGGGCCUCGCCGUCACCGUCCUCCACACGGACUUCAACGCCCCGGACCCCGCGCGCCACCCGGGGCUCGCCUUCGUCCCCAUCCACGAGACGCCGCUCCAGGACACGGCCGUCUCCCCCGACUCCGACAUCCUCGCGAAGCUCCUGGCCCUGAACGCCGCCAUCGCGGCGCCCUUCCGGCAGGCCCUCGCGUCGCUGCAGGACGCCGUCGCGUGCGCGGUGGUCGACGGGCAGUGCUACGCGGCGAUGGACGCCGCCGGCGAGCUCGGCGUCCCCGUCCUCGCGCUCCGGACCGACAGCGCCGCCGCGCUCCGCAACAUGCUAGCGAUCCCGCGGCUGCGCGACGCCGGCUACCUUCCCUUCAAAGAGGAGCAGCUGGAUGAGCCGGCGCCGGGCCUCGAGCCGCUCCGCGUGCGAGACCUGAUCCGCGUCGACGGCUGCGACACCGACGAGCUCUGCGGCUUCGUCACCAGCGUCGCCGACGCCGUCCGAGCCUCGGUGUCCGGCAUCGUAUUCAACACGUUCGAGGCCAUCGAGGCGCCGGAGCUAGCCAAGAUCCAGCGCGAGCUCUCCCUUCCCGCGUUCGCGGUCGGGCCGUUGCACUUGCUGUCCCAGACACCACCGCCGGCGGAGCAGAGCUUGCACGCGCCCGACCGCGGCUGCCUGGCGUGGCUGGACGCGCGCACGCCGCGCUCCGUGCUCUACGUGAGCCUGGGAAGCUUGGCGUGCGUCAACCGCGCCGUGUUCGAGGAGAUGGCGUGGGGGUUGGCCGGCAGCGGCGUGCCGUUCCUGUGGGUCGUCCGGCCUGGCAUGGUCACUGGCGGCGCCGCUGGCGAAGAGGCUCCACCGCCGUUGCCGGACGGGUUGGAGGAGAAGAUGAGGGGCAGAGGGAAGAUUGUGACAUGGGCUCCGCAAAGGGAGGUCUUGGCGCACGAUGCAAUCGGCGCGUUCUGGACGCACUGCGGGUGGAACUCGAUAUUGGAGAGCAUUUGCGAAGGUGUGCCCAUGCUAGUGCAGCCGUGCUUCGCGGACCAGAUGGUGAACGCGCGGUACGUGACGCACGAGUGGGGUGUUGGGAUGGAGGUUGGGGAGGUGAUCGAGAGGGAGAGGGUGGCGAAGGCGGUGACGAAGUUGAUGGUUGGGGAAGAUGGAGCUUGGAUGAGGGAGAGGGCACGCCGUCUGCAGGUGCAAGCAUCUGCUGCUACUAGUUUGGCCUUAGACAGUCUAGUCCAGUACAUACUGUCCCUGUGAACUUUCAAUUAGUUAGGGAUGAGUGGUAACUUGUAUGGUAAUCCUGAUUCCUGUUCCUGAAUUCCUGAUAUGUUUGCAAAUUUGUCAAAUAAUGCAAUGUGUUGCUUUCUCAUGUC